AAAUGGUAAUACUUGUAUGGAGCAUGUAAGUUUUCAUACCUGUGCUAUAAAGUGCUGUACAUAUGUAUCUCUGUAAUAUAAUUUAAGCAGACAUUCAUCUGUAAUAGUAUAGAUGUCAAAGAACUAACAAGGUCACCAGGUACCAUUCUCUUCCAGAGUGGCCACCAGAUCAGACCAUCCACCCUGGGCCAGCUCCUCUUCAAACACCAUGAGUUCUCUGUUACCCGCCACAGUGAUUCAGUGGCAAAUGUCAUUGCCAGCAGAGCAACACAAUGAGGUAAGAUGUAAUUUCCAUUAUAUUACACCAUUUAUUUGAACAAAUGCUUGACUGGUUAAUUCUCAAUGGUAGCUCACAGACACUAGAUGCUGGGUAUCACAGAAUAUUAUUCCUGGCACAAUGAACCACAGGUAACCACCUGUCCUCUAGUAGUUCCUAGCGAUUGAUCAGGUCAAACCUCAGUAUCUUCUUGGAUAAAUCCUAGACUUUUCUGGAGUCUAGUUCACUGACUUAUCUUGCCCAAGUCUUAACCUGUCCACUAAGUGCAGGCUUCCAAGCCACAUCUUAAACAUCACUCCCUUAUCUUUCCCUUCCAUUUCUAGGUCCCCAAGAGAAGUCCUGAAUAUAAGAACAUACCAAAGUGAAAGUUAUCAGAAUAGAAUAUCAUCCAGACACUGCCUUGACCUAUCAAAAUUGACACAUAGAAGGAAUCUAGACUUUCAAGGUAUGAUAGGAUGAACAGUUUCUAAAAUACAGAUAGUAAAUAUUAGAAUUUAAAACAUGGAUAAGAGAGGGGAGUUUGAUAAGAUUUAGAUAAAUGUCAAGCAAUCAACACCAAAAAUGAAAAAAGGAAGGAGAAAAGAAAUAGUGAGGAUUGGAAGAAGAUACAAAAAGAAGAAAAGAAGCAACAGAGAGGGAAAAGUGAGAGUUUAUACAGAGGAAUAGAUGUAGGGAAAAACAAAGAAAAAUGAUGGAACGAGUUGGAAUUUAAGCAGGAAUACACUAACUAGAUUUGAUAAGUAUUUGAAAGUGGGAGGGAUCUGAUACAUAAGAAAAGUACAAUAGAGAUUAAACAUGAACAUAAUUACUUUCUAAAAGUUACAGUAGUAAGAUGUGAGCAUGAUAAUUAUAAAUCCUCCUUCUCUGAAGAUGAAAAGAGAAAAGGAUUUACACCUAGAGGCAAAGGAAUGGAUCCAAGUUCUCGGAAAGUCGAGUCCAGAAAGGCUGGAUUUGGUCCUGCUCAUAGGCUCCCUUUCUAACAGAGAUGGUUGGAUUUCUUUCUGCCCAGGGUCCAUAUCCUUCAAUCCCAAACCCAGAGGGAAAACUGUGGCCUGUUAAGAAAGCAUGCAGGAACUACAACCAUGCCGCAUCUCCAGCAUGCACCGCGUAGGUGGUUAGUGCAGUGGCAACAACUGCUUGUGGGGAAGUAUGGGAAAAGGUGGAUGACUGGGAAGAGUUAGACGUGAUUGUCUUCAGAAAUGUGCAAACAACUCUCAGUGAGGCACAAUCCUGAGAAUUAAAAUGUUUAUAUUUACACUGAAAUGACAACAUUCAUCUAAAAUUAGGUAUACAAAGAUUGAGCAUAUUUUUCUCUAGAAAAACCUUCAAAGAUCUCUCAACUGUACCCAUAGUAUGAUCUUCUAUAAACCAGUAUCUUGUAUAAGCUAAUAGCCCUCAAACAUUCCAUUCCUGAAUUUCUCAAACCUCUCUUCAGUUGACAAGGCCCUUAUUCACAGCUAUAUUAUUUUUUCACCUUUGAAUGCAUGCUGGUUAUCGGCUAAUCCUGCAACAUUGAGGGCACUGGAACAGAUGCAAUACUUCACUGAAGGCCUGAUCAAACCAGAGGAAAAUGUAACCAUCAGCUCUGUAAUUUUAAUAUUGUGAUUCUAUGUACACAUCCUGUGGUGUCCAUGUCAUUUUCACUCCGACAUUACACUACCAGUUUACUAGGCUGUACUGAGUUCCAAAACAUUUAUCGCCACACAUCCACCAUGUUUUAUAAUUGGGUUUCUAUGCCCUACUGAGUAAUUUAAAUUAUCUUACACCUCUCUUGUGUUUUUCCUGUCCUUCCCCCUCAAGGGCCCCAGAUGGUGGACCUACGGAACAGCAGCACAGUGACAGAGUUCAUCCUUGUGGGCUUUGAGCAGAGCUCCCCUGCCACACGAGCACUGCUCUUCACUCUCUUCCUAGCCCUCUACGGCCUUGCCAUGGCCAUGAAUGGCCUCAUCAUCUUCAUCACGUGGACAGACCCCAGGCUUAACAGCCCCAUGUACUUUUUCCUUGGCCAUCUUUCUUUCCUGGAUGUUUGCUUCAUCACCACCACCAUCCCACAGAUGUUGAUCCACCUGGUAGUCAAGAACCACACUGUCUCUUUUGUUUCUUGUAUGACCCAGAUGUACUUGGUCUUCCUUGUGGGUGUGGCUGAGUGCAUCCUCUUGGCUUUCAUGGCCUAUGACCGUUAUGCUGCUAUCUGUUACCCCCUUAGCUAUACCCAGAUCAUGAGCAGACAGGUCCGCGUAAGGCUAGUGGGUACUGCCUGGAUCUUUGGGUUGAUCAAUGGCAUAUUUCUUGAGUAUAUAUCAUUCCAGAAUCCCUUCUGCAGAGACAACCAUGUAGAAAACUUCUUCUGUGAGGCUCCCAUAGUGAUCGUCCUGUCCUGUGGGGACCCUCAGUUUAGCAUGAAAUUGAUCUUUGUUGAUGCCACUGUGGUGCUGCUCAGUCCCAUGGUCCUCAUUGUCGCCUCCUAUGCCCGCAUCCUGGGCUCCAUCCUUGGCAGAACCUCCUCCUCAGGUUGGGGCAAGACCUUCUCAACUUGUGCCUCCCACCUGACUGUGGUUAUCUUUUUCUACACUUCAGCCAUGUUCUCUUACAUGAAUCCCCGAAGCACACAUGGGCCUGACAAGGACAAGCCUUUCUCCCUUCUCUACUCCAUCAUCACCCCCAUGUGCAACCCCAUUAUCUACAGUUUUCGCAACAAGGAAAUGAACAGGGCUAUGGUGAGGGCCUUUAGGAGGACCAACCUGGCCCAGGCAGAGUCUGUCUAGCAGGAAGGCCCCUGGGAAAAAAGCUUCCUCCCCUGGAUGGGAGAUGUUACAAGUAGCAAGUAAAAAAAAAGUUACAAGUAACUUUCCAAUGCUGAAAAUCUCCAGAAAAAAACAUUCAUGGCUUUCUUGGCACAGGAAUCAGACUUAGGUGCUUCUCCUCAUUUCUAAGGCAUAUCUUUCUGACUCAUUUCCAAUACCGCUUUGUCUUAGAUGUUCCUCAAGAAUUUGAGCCAUUCCUGAAUUUUUUCCUCCAAGUUUUGCAGCAGCAGUCAAUAAAAACCUUGUACUCAAUUAUAUUUUUUGUUUAAUACUUUUAUAUGCCAUCCCUAGCCUGAAUUUUGCAUAUACAUUUAGGAGUGAAUCUAUCUCAGUCUCUCUCUUUCUCACUCUUUUUCUUUUUCCUUCUCUCUCUCUCUCUCUCUCUCUCUCUCUCUCUCUCUCUCUCUCUCUCCCUCGUUGGCAUUCUGACAUCUAGUGUCAAUUCCUGCACCUGCCCUCACCCACUCCACUCCUAUAUGGAAAAAGUAUUUGAAAAAAUAACAAAAAGGGACUAGGGAUAUGCACUAGUGUUGGCAUCAGAAAAGAAGACAAAGGUCAGCAAUUUGAAAGUUAUGUUUCAGCCCCCACUAGUCAGUAAGGAAGAAUUUUUUGUGUCCCUAAAUGCCAAAGCUGCACUCAUUGUGUCUGCGUUUAUGUGUUGUAGGAGAGGGGUGAGUGGAAUAGGUCUCUGUGUUCAACUUCUUCUCCUGAAUCUUUUCUUUAGGAAGAUGACUGACUGUUUCCCUUCCCAUCCAAGUAGUAAGUGCCCCUAUAGAGCUUCUAAAGCCACAAGUUUCCUUCCCUAUUAAUUAUGUCCCCUUCCAUUCACUGCCUUUCUUUUUCUCUUCCAUUUUUCAUUCAUUCCUACUCAAAACUGUUCUACCUUACCUCCUCAUCUUAACAAUAUCCAUUUCACUUUCUGUCCUUUAAGGAACCCUUCUCCACACCCUCUCCACCAUUACAGAAGUCUUUUUAUUUUCAACACUAUAUCCUCUCUGGCUUCCUCUAGCUUCUCUCUUUCAUCAGCCCGAGCUUGCUUUGAGAGAGCUGUUCAUUUUCAGCAGUUCCUUUUCUUUGGAAACUACAUUUUUCUCAUGCUUGUUUCAUAAUAAAUAAGGAAGAGAGAGAAAUGAGCUGUUCUUUGUUUUCCAGUGCUAUUAUCAGAAUAUCAACACUGAAGGGGAAAGCCAAUGGACAUUUUCCCCUGACUUGUGACCCUUACCCAUAUUUUCUGUGCCCCAUAAUUAUGAAGCCCAUUAAAUCCAUUUACUGUACAAAAUAUUCCUGAUCAAGGGGCGUUCAGUCUCUUAAAUAGAAAACCUUGCACAAAUACCAGACAGACCAGUGAUCACAAACUGAAAGAAGCAAUCCUAAGUAUAACAGGCCCUUCAUUUCCUCAUUCCCUUUAACAUCUUAUAAGCCCUUACUCUGUAAGAGAGAGUUGCUUUUUGCACUUCAGAGCCAAUGGUCCCUCUCAGGUCUUUAU